CUCCGAAAUACUACUGAAAAACAUUCCAAUAUUGCAUUUACGGUCUGUGGGCAUCCAAUAAGACAAUCAUUUAGAACAAACAUUUUGGGAAGGAAGGAUGGAUUAUGAAAACAUUACAGCUCAAAACCAGGACCACAUGAAUGAGAUUAUUCGUCUUAAUUCUUAACUUUUGACUCUAAAACACCAGUUGAAGCUUCAAGAAGAUAUUUUUGCUCCCGCUUAUUGAACAGUUUGGAACGAACCCAGUACAGUUUAAUCGAAGGGGAACCACCAUUUUCAUAGCAGAUAGUUCUCAGGGCAAUGUUCUCACCAGCAUAUUCCCUACCGCAGCCUUUUCAAUUUGGCACUCAGUCUUCUUCUUUCUUGAGUUCUCAGCUGACAGCAGCACCUACAUACAAGAAGCCAUUUCCAAAAACAGAGCAAACCCACACCAAAACGAAGAACACCAACUCCAAGAACAUCCCUUUUGUUGUUUGUGGAAAGUCAUCUCACCUAACCGAUAAUUACGCUUCUUACACUCCUCCUACUCUGUCAAAUGACCUGGAAGUUGAUGUUUCAGCGUUAGUUAAUAACUCCACCAUAGUCGGCCUGUGGCUGCAAUCUUCUGGUAGUGCGAAAGAAGUAAAGAAGAUUCACGCUAUAAUUUUGAGGUUGUUCAGAGGUUCAGAUAUUUUUGUGAGCAAUAAUUUGAUCAGUAAGUAUGCAAAAUAUGGGAUGUUGGUUGAAGCUAGGUAUGUAUUUGAUAAAAUGCUGCAGAGAAAUGUUGUAUCUUGGACUGCCAUGCUUAAUGGGUAUCUAAAAUUUGGAUUAGAAAAUGACGCUUUGAAGCUUUUUAUUGAUUUUGCUCAGACUGGAAUAGGUUGGAAUGCGAAAACCUUUGUGUGUGUGCUGAAUUUGUGUGGUAAAGUAUUGGACAUUGAACUUGGAAAGCAAGUACAUGCUUGCAUACUGAAGGGUGGUUUUAGUGGGUUGAUAUUGGAAAGUGCGUUAGUAUAUUUCUAUGUUCAGUGUGGUGAUAUUGGAAAUGCAUUUCGUGUAUUUAACAUGAUGAAAAAGAGGGAUGUGGUCUGUUGGACAACAAUGAUAUCUGCUUGUUCACAACAUGGGAGGGGGGAGGAGGCUUUUGUCCUGUUCUCAAGAAUGUUAGCUGAGGGAUUUGAACCAAAUGAAUUUACAGUGUGCAGUGUUCUGGAUGCUUGUGGGGAGGAAAAAGAGUUGAAGUUAGGAAAGCAACUGCAUGGAGCCAUUGUUAAGACUAUGUACAGAAUGGAUAUAUUUGUUGGCACUUCUCUUGUGGAUAUGUAUGCAAAGUGUGGAAAAAUGGAGGAUUCUGUAGUGGUAUUUGAGGGGAUGAGGAAGAGAAACACGGUGACUUGGACAUCCCUCAUUGCUGGAUAUGCUCGUAAUGGAUUUGGUAAACUAGCUAUAAAAUAUUUUAGGUUGAUGCAAAGACGGAGGAUCCUAGCAAAUAACUUGACCAUGGUAAGCAUUCUCCGAGCAUGUGGCUUAGUUGGGGUUUUGCCCACGGGAAAGGAGGUCCAUGCUCGAAUAUUAAAGAAUCAUGUGCAAAGCAAUAUCUACAUAGGGAGUGCCCUAGUGUGGCUGUAUUGUAGAUGUGGAGAUUAUUCCAGUGCGUCCAAGGUCCUCCAGGACAUGCCACUGAGAGAUGUGGUUUCGUGGACAUCCAUGAUUUCUGGCUGUGCCCGUCUUGGCCAUGAGUACGAGGCUCUUGAGUACUUGAAAGAAAUGUUGGGAGAUGGUGUGGAUCCCAACCCUUUUACUUAUUCGUCAGCGCUGAAGGCAUGUGCUCAACUAGAAGAUAUUGAACACGGAAAAUUGAUUCACUCUUCCAUUAAUAAGACUCCUGCUUUAUCUAAUGUUUUCGUUGGAAGUGCUUUGAUCCAUAUGUAUGCAAAGUGUGGCCAUCUCUCUGAGGCUGUCCGUGUCUUUCAUAGCAUGCCUGAGCAGAAUCUGGUUUCCUUGAAGGCAAUGAUUAUUGCAUAUGCCAAGAACGGGCAAUGUCGCGAGGCCUUUAACCUCAUGUACAGAAUGCAGGCUGAAGGCUUCGAAUUGGGAGAUCAUGUUUUCUCAACCGUGCUUACCUCUUGUGGAGAUUUUGAGUGGGAUGUUGAGUCUGUAUUGAAACCUGAUUUUGACACCUUUAGUUCAUCAAGAUCUUUGGUUUGAGGUUGGAAUCAUGUCUCCUGAAAUGGCUCUGGAGUACUUCUACCCUGCUGGGCACCCACAUGAGAUGGUUGGAAAUGGCAAAUUGACGAAGGGAUGGUUGAAUAUCUGAAUAUGCUAUUGUACUGAGUUUUCAGUAGCAUGUCAAAAAUGUGAAAGUGAAAGAAGAGAUUAUUGCCAGCCGAUGGUCGAGCAGGGAAGCUGACUAGUUGGAAUGUUGUUCAUUUUGAGAUCAGGUAAAUCUGCGAAAUUACUGAUGUCACUGCAACUUGUAGAGCAACAGGGACAGGCUGUUGUUUGUACAGUUACCACGGUUAUCAUUAUUGCUGAGCAUCAAAUGUAGAACUUAGUUUAGUUAGUAUACUGGGAAGAAAAUUUUCCCACAUAUGUACCACCGGCUUCAACCCUUUGAGGAACAUAUGUUCUAGCUAUUCGUUCUUCAGAGGUUUGUCCUUUCAAUUUUAGGUUGCUUUGAAUCAGCACCAAUGAAGUCUAACACAUUGUUCUCUUCUGAUCUACUACCUCUUGGCAUUUUUAGUCCGC